UUUCAAAACAUUGAAAAUACUGAAAUCAGACAUACAAUACAAAACCUCAGAUGUGUCUACGUAAAAUCCCCUCGUGUCACCCUUGUCUCAGUGCCGGGAAAGUCGCUCCAUUUCUUGCAUAUUUCUCAACAAAGCCCCACCCACUCCUCCAAAGUGCUAAUCAUGAAAUCAGCAAUUUUGCACAACCAUCAGAAGAAAAAUCCACAGAUAAUAUCACUCCCAUAAUCGACAGAAAGUAUUGGACAGGCCGUAUCCACAAGCUGUGCACCGUCUACCAUGACGUGGACGCCGCCCUCGACCUCCUCCACGACCUCUCUGUACGUGGGUUCCGGCCGGACUCACUCAAUAUCAGCAGCAUUAUACACGCAUUCUGCGAAUCAGGCCGAUUCUCGGAAGCCCACAAUCGCCUUCUUCUUUUUAUUGGCUCUAGUUGCACCCCAGAUGAGCGGACUUGCAAUGUUUUAAUUGCACGCUUGCUAGAUGCGCGGGAGCCGUAUUGUACAUUGCGCGUCAUUCGGGCGUUGAUACAUGAUAAGCCUAAUUUUGUCCCUUCUUUGAUGAAUUUUAACCGGCUGAUUGAUCAGUUUUGUAAUUUGGAGAGACUGCGUGAAGCCCAUUCGCUGUUUUAUCAUAUGAUGAGCAGAGGUCACCGCCCCAACGAAGUUUCGUACACUACGUUAAUUAAUGGAUAUUGUAAAGUUGGGGACAUGGGUGCUGCUCAGAAGCUGUUCGAAGAAAUGUCUGAGUAUGGAGUGAAGUGCAAUGCACUUACUUAUAGUGUCUUGAUUCGUGGAAUUUUGCGGAAAAGAGAGUUUGAAUAUGGGAAAGAAUUGAUGAGAAGGCUUUGGGAUGUUAUGAAAACUGAGGAGGAUAUCCAUGUUAACAAUGCGGCCUUUUGUAAUGUUAUUGAUUCUUUAUGUAGAGAAGGGUUGUUCCACGAAGCAUUUAAGAUUGCAGAAGAUAUGCCGCAAGGGGCAAAUGUUGUAGAAGAAUUUGCUUAUGGGAAACUGAUUGAUUCACUGUGUACAUUUGGGAGGUGCAAUGGAGCUGCAAGGAUUGUUUAUAUGAUGAGAAAGAGAGGGUUUACACCAAGCUUGUCAUCAUAUAAUUCAAUUGUUCACGGUCUAUGCAAGGAGGGUGAUUGCUUAAGGGCUUAUCAGUUGUUGGAAGAAGGGAUUGAGUUGGGGUACUCGCCGUCCGAGUACACUUACAAGAUCUUAGUUGAAGGUCUUUGUUAUGAAUCUGAUAUUACUAAAGCAAGAAAAGUUUUAAAUGUGUUGUUGAGCAAGGAAGGUGUAUACAGGACUAGGAUAUACAAUAUAUUUUUGAGGGCUCUUUGUCUUAUGAAUAACCCAACUGAGCUCCUCAACGUACUUGUUUCUAUGUAUCAAGCUCAAUGCCAGCCAGAUAUCUUUACCCUCAAUACUGUUCUAAAUGGAUUUUGCAAAAUGGGAAGAGUUGUAGACGCUUUACAGGUUCUUCGUGAGAUGAUGUCAGGGAAGUUUUGUGCCCCGGAUAGGGUGACAUUUACAACUAUUAUUUGUGGAUUGUUAAAUGUAGGAAAGGUGGAAGAAGCUCGCAAUUUUUUGUAUAAAGUCAUGCCUGAAAAUGGUUUAUCCCCUAAUGUUGUUACUUAUAAUGCAGUUCUUCGUGGAUUGUUCAAACUAGGCCUGGAAAAUGAAGCUAUGGAAGUUUUUGAUAAUAUGGUCUCUAGUGGAGUGUUUGCUGAUUGCACUACUUAUACUAUUGUCAUCGAGGGGCUAUGUGAUUCUCACAGGAUAGAUCAGGCUAAGAGAUUUUGGGAGGAGGUCAUUUGGCAUUCUGGAGUUCAUGACAAUUUUGUUUAUGCAGCCAUACUUAAAGGGCUUUGCCACGCUGGCAAAUUCAAUGAGGCGUCUGAUUUUCUAUAUGAACUGGCAGAUUGUGGUGUUACCCUCAAUAACGUAAAUUACAACAUUGUCAUUGACAAUGCUUGCAAGUUGGGUUUGAAGAGAGAGGCUUAUCAGAUUGUGGGUGAAAUGAGAAAGAAUGGGCUAACCCCAGAUGCUGUAACAUGGAGAAUAUUAGAUAAAUUGCAUGAUAAUGUAGGAAAUACAUUUUGUGAGGAUUCAAAUUUGCAAUCUAUUGAGUUUGUACGCUAACCAUAGAGCUGAACAGUCCAGUCAAAUUGCUGUUCUAGUAGAAAAUUAAUGGAAGACAGGGAAUGGAAAAUCAGAAAUGGACGCUUUCAAAAAGUAAAGCACCAUGAGCAGUGAAGGUGAAAAUGAAAAUAUGGUUGAUGUCAAAUUCCUGAUCAGGUAUGCACCAAAAUCUUUGUUGGUGAAAACAUAAUAUACUUGAUUUGAAAAUGAUUCUUGAGACUUCCAAAUCAAAGUUUUUUAUGUUAGUGUUGGUCAUGCUUGGCUGGGAUAUAUAUACAUGUUUCUUACCCAAGACGCUGAUAUUUUCUUUUAUGCUAGUAACUGAUCUAGAUUUAGUUCAUUAAGUUUGUCGUCAUAAAAAUUCAUUCUAGGAAGAAUCUGUUAUUCAAAACAAUUGUCAGAUGAGGAUUUUUUAAUUUUUUAGGUGUUACUGUAUUAGACAGUUACUUAAAGGUCGUUAGUAUAAUUUGCUCUAGAA